ACUUGAGGGAAAACAAAAAAUGAGCUUUGUGAUAAAAUAAAGCAAAUUCCCAUGUCAGCAUCAUCUGCCACAAAGAAAAGUGAAAUAUUAACUCAGGAUGUGCUAACCCAGCUAGAUGAAGCCAUGCAUAAGGCACCAUGUGUAGGCUUAGCUGUGGAUGAGUCCACUGACAUAUGUGACAAUGCUCAGCUGUUAGUGUUUGCCAGGUUUUUCAACACAGCCCAGAAAACAUUCUGUGAAGACAUGUUAGGUGUCACUCCCCUUCAGACUAGUACAAGAGGAGAGGAUAUCUACCUGGCCAUUAAGGAGAUGUUAACAAAAAGAGGAAUAGAGCCAAAACAAGUGGUUUCAAUAACCACAGAUGGAGCCCCUUCUAUGAUAGGGAAAGAAAAAGGAGCUGUAGCAAGACUGAAAGGGGACAAUCCUGAGCUUUUAUCUUACCAUUGCAUCAUUCAUCAAUCUGUCCUCUGUGCCUCCCUGUCAGAUGAGCAUGCUGAGGUGAUGAAUACAAUGAUGAAAAUGAUAAAUUUUCUCAGGGCAUCCUCUUCCUACCAGCAUCGCAUGCUUAGGGAAUUCCUCAGAGAAGUUGAUGCCAAUGCUGAUGAUCUUUUGCUGCACAACAAUGUGAGAUGGCUCAGCAAAGGCAGGGUGCUAGAGCGCUUUUGGUCCAUCAGGAGGGAAUUAGCAUCUUUUUUGGCAGAGCUAAGCAGUCAGAAGGCAACACAGUUUUCUCUCUUUUUAGAAAAUGAGAAAUGGAUGGAUAAUGUGGCCUUUUUGGUUGACAUCACGUCACAUCUGAAUGAACUGAAUUUGAGGCUACAGGGCAAGGACAAUUCAAUUUGUGAACUGAUGACAGCUGUUCGCUCCUUUCAGAGGAAACUUGAAGUGUUCAAGGAAGACCUGCAGGGAGACUGUGUACACUUCCCAGCAGUGCAGGAACAGGUUCAGGGACAGAGAGAUUUGUCUUCUUUUGUUGAUUUUAUUGAUAAGCUGAUUGUAAACUUCAGCAACCGUUUUGACAGCUUCAGCUUUGGAGAGCAGCUCACCAUGUUCAUUCAGAACCCAUUUCUGAUCACAGAUGUCAGGGGGUUCUCAAAGGAAGUCACACAGCACUUUAAAUGGGUAAAUGCUGGGUCUCUCCAGAUGCAAUUGGUUGAUCUCCAAGCAGAUGUGGCCCUGAAAGAGCAGUUUGUAAGAACUGACCCUUCCACUUUCUGGUUCCAAAUGGUCCCUGAGACUGCUUUCCCGGGUCUGAGGAAAGUAGCCCUAUACAUCUUGACCAUGUUUGGCUCCACAUACAACUGCGAGGCAGCUUUCUCCACAAUGAACAUAAUUAAAACUAAAUAUCGUUCCAGGCUCACCAAUGAGCACCUUCACAUGUGUAUGAGAAUGGCCCUGACUCCAUUCAAGCCCAGGUUUAAAAUUCUGGCAAGACAGGCUAAAGCUCAAUUCUCUCACUGAGCAAAAACAUGGUGGAGUGGGAUAUGAGGGGAAGAAAGUGAUACUCUAAAACUGUUCAAUUGUUAAGAUCUGUUGAGAUUUAUUAUUUGUAAAAUUGGUUGAGACUGUUGAGUCAAGAUGUGAAACAGAAAAGGGGAAAUUCAAACUUUUCCUCCCUUUAUAUUAUUUUUCUGAAGUUAAGCACUUUUUUUGAAAAUGCACAAUUUUCACAUUUUAUUUAUUUUCUCUUAUUUUGACAUGCAGCCCUAGUUUUAUUUAGUUAAUUAAUGAGAGCACAUUGUACAUAUCUACAGUCAUACAUAUAUGUUCAGUAGGGCUGCCCCUCUUAGUCGAUUAGUCGACUAAUCGGUCGUUUUGGUCUUAGUCGACUAAGAUUUCUUUAGUCGAUAAGUCAUUUUUUAUGCUUAUUCAUGCUUAAUUACUCAUUUCCAAGUAACUUAUGAGAACAUUUCUGGUGAACACGAGAUUUAAAGUGGUGCUUUUGCAGGAUUAAUUUCGGAGAAACUCAGUUUUACAGAUGGUUAAUUAACUACAUUUAUAUUGCGCUUUUCUAGUCUUGCACAGCUCUGUCGAUUAAAUCAACUAAUCGAUUAGUCGACAAACUCAUAUAAGUGUUAGUCGACUAAGAAUUUCUUUAGUCGAGGACAACCCUAAUGUUCAGUUCUAUGUUUCGUGAUAAUAAAUAUUGUCAACAAG